CUCCGGAUGACACCAUGAUGAUUAUUCGAGCAACAACCACUUUCUGGUAAAGAUGUCAGUGUCGAAGGCGACUGACAGAUAAGAAGCUAGGUAACGGGGGUAUAAUACAGCCUAGAUAUAUAUGGUCAAGAAUGAGGCUUCAUCCGCAGUUGUUCUUGGACUCCAACCUUCACCAGCCGUCUCAUCAUCAUGGUAAGAACCAUCGUCAUCCUGGGUGCCAGCUACACGGGCGUCCCAAUCGCCCACUACCUCCUCAAACACACGAUUGCCAAAGUCGAGAGCCUCAAAGUUAUAAUUGUUGCUCCCAACACGCAUAUGUACUGGAAUGUCGCCGCCGUGCGCGGGAUCUUGCCGGGCUUGAUGGACGACAAUAAACUCUUUCUCCCUCUCGCCCCAGCAUUUGCCAAGUACCCCUCGGAUCGAUAUGAGCUGGUGAGAGGGGUAGCCGAACGGGUAGACCCAGCCUCCAAUAUCGUCGAGGUGCGCGGAAAUGAUGGCUCAUCGAGGACGAUCCGGUAUGACGAACUAGUCAUCGCCACCGGAAGCAGUUUCAAGAGCGAGAUGCCCUUCAAGAACCUCGGUUCUACAGAAAAGACCAAGGAGGCUCUGCACAGCUGGGCGCAGCGCAUCAAGUCCGCCAAGUCCAUUGUCGUCGCCGGAGCCGGCCCGACAGGCGUCGAAGUCGCUGGCGAACUCGGCCAAGCAUACGGCGUAACCGGCAAGAAGCAGAUCACCCUCAUCUGCGACCAGGACCUGCCCUUCAGCUCUAAAUUCCGACGCGAGGUGCGCGAAACGGCCAAAAAGGAACUCGAGCGCCUCAAAGUCAAGGUCAUCACAGGCGCCAAAGUGACCUUCUCUCCCACGCCAUCCCCAUCUAGCAAGACCGUCACGAUCUCCAACACCUCGACCUCGGAAAAGACCACCCUGCAGGUCGAUUUGGUAAUUCCCACCUUCGGCAUCGUCCCAAACACCUCCUACCUCCCGCCAUCGAUGCUCGACACCCGCGGAUUUGUCAAGCAGACGCGCUUCCUCCGCGCCGAAGGACACGCCGACAUAUUUGUGGUUGGCGACGCGAGAAACCUGGAGGAGUCGCAGGGCGUGCAUGCCGAUGCGCAGCUGGUGCACGUCGUCAAGCUCAUCGAGGCGCGCCUGCUUGGACAGGGCGGUGCAGCAGGGGGAGUGGCUGAGUACAAGCCCGCGGACAAGGUUGUGUUUGCGGCGACGCUGGGGCCGAAUAAGGGGACGGGCCAGAUGGGGAACUGGAAAAUCUGGAGUUGGUUGGUGACCAUGCUGAAGGGAAAGCACUUGGGGACGAAUUACGCGGGCGCUUUCGUCAGGGGGGAGAGGACGGCUGGUGUCAAAGACUGGUGA